AUGACUUCGACCGGCUCAAACAUGAAAUGGAAAGGAUGGACUCCAUUGAAAUGCAAAAUUAUGGUUUGGCGUGCCGAUCUUAAUCGCCUUCCUACUAAGAUGGAAUUAAUCAAACGCACAGUAACAAUUGAAGAUAUGUCUUGCGUCCUUUGUGAAGCGGAUUCGGAGACGGCUAUACACUUGUUUACUGGCUGCAUCUUCUCCUCGGAAAUUUGGGCUCGGGUCGCAUUGUGGUGUAAGUUAGCUCCCUUGUUUGUUUUUGACGUGAAAGAUCUUUUGUCUUUGGCGGAGACUCAAACGAAGACGAAACAGGAGAGGUACAUUUUGCGAGGCAUCAUAUUCACUACUAUGUGGACCAUUUGGAACGAAAGGAAUUCUAGAGUGUUUGGUGGAAAGCCCCCAGAGAACUAUUGA